CAAAUGCGCGCACAGAUGGAAACCUACGCCGACCUCGGCCCCGACGGCGGCAACCCUGCUCCGGCGAAGCCGGCCAUGGAGGAACCACGCGCCGCCACCGAGGUCGUUGCGGACCCCUACCUCGCCGGCACCGACGCGCUCCCCGCCCCCCACCCGGGUACUGCCGCCGGCGCGAGGAAGCGGAAGGCCCCGGCUAUGGCGAUGGGGAAGGCUGCCAGGAAGCCUCGCAAGCCGCAGGUUGAAGAACCGAUUCAGAUGCCUGUGUACUAUGGACUUAGAAAAGAGUUUCUCAGCGUGGAGGGCAAUGAUUUAGUUGAGGAUUGCUCAGACCUUUUUGCAGAGAACAAAUGUGCGCGUGUCAUCGGCGAGCUACAGCUGCAGCCACAGUCCAUGUCACUGGUGGAUCUGCAGCUCUGGGUCUUCAAGCUGUUCCGGCUCCAUCCAGAAACACAAGAUAUUGAUAUUAAGGGAUUCUUCAAACAACACAAAAGGGACCUCACUGACGACGAGUCCUCCGAACCAGACUGUUCUUUGGAGUACUACCCGUGGGACAUACAUUAUUUUAGGACUGACAAAUGCUGGAGUUCCUUUGCCAAUAAAUUGAAGAGAAAAAGGAAUGUGACACAGAGGUUCAUGUUGUAUGUGCAAUCUUCUGAGGUCAAGCACUACCACAUUUUGCUCAAAGCUGUAAAUGGCGAUUAUUCUCAACUGGCGACGGUUGUGUUGCCCGGGACGAAAAGCCUGACGGGUCGCUUCGGCUUUGGUGCCUUUGUGGAAGACCCAACAAUGACAGCUGAGGAAAUUGCAGAUUAUCUCACUCGUCACUAUGGCGAGCGGAUUAGUCCUGUUGAGGCGUGGAGAGCAAAACAGUUUGCUCUGGAGAGUAAAUUUGGAACCUUCUAUGAUUCACACAACUUUGCCCCGAGGUUACUUAAGGAAAUAGCACGUAAAAACCCUGGUACUUUUGUUGACAUCAAGGAUGCAGAGGUUGCAGGGUGUGAAGAUUUUCGAGUCCUGCAGCGUAUGUUUUGGGCAUUUGGACAGUGCUUACAGGCCUUCCAUACCUGUCGCCCUGUGCUAUGCAUCAAGGGCACACCACUAUGUGGGAAAUAUCAAGGGAUGCUGUUGACUGCUGUAGCAUUAGAUGCUAAUGAUUUCUCCAUUCCAGUAGCAUGUGCUGUUGUCGAGGAUGAGACCAAGGAAAGCUGGCUGUGGUUUCUUAGGAAUUUGGAGCGAGCAGUGGUGCAUCAGUCUGAUGUGUGCAUCAUACACGACUACAAAAAGGAGUUGAUUGAUGCUGUGGAGGACCUUCUGAAUUCCCGUGAACGACAGUGGCGUAAAGCAGAAAGCCGAUGGUGCAUGGAAGACCUUGCUGAAAACUUCUUUGCGUAUUUUGGCGAGAAGAAGCUGGUGAUGAUGUUCAAGAAACUUUGCCAGCAGAAGCGACGCCAUAAGUUCGGUAAAUCUGGAAGGAGCUAGAUGAGCUGACAUCCACAUAUAUGGCUGAGAA